AUGGCCACAUUCGCGUCCCGGGUGGCGCUCGGUUCGCGUGUGACUGUCACCGGGAAAAAAGGCGUGGUCAAGUUUAUCGGGCCAACCGAUUUCGCGGCCGGAGAGUGGAUAGGAGUUGAGCUCGAUCUCCAAGAGGGCAAGAACGAUGGCCUCGUCAACGGCGUUCAAUACUUCGACUGCCGCGAGGGACACGGACUGUUCGUUAAGAAGGCGCAGGUGAGACUUGACAGAUCCGCCACAGCCGCCACAGCCGCUAGCGCAAAGCCAGGCGCAAUGUCCCCAUCUUCUCCGACAAUGCCUACAACGGGGACAGGAAGAGCUGCAUCCCGCCUCCAAGCGAUCCGUGAAAAAAAUAAGGCCUUGAAAGAAACUCUAGCUGCUGGGAAGACGUCUCCGCAGGCUCAACGGCCUACCUUUAGCAGCCCGAGGGGUUCGCGUUCUCCAGGGGGGUUUUCGGUGAAAGACGGGUUGGACGUUCCUGGGAGCCCUGCGUCUCUCGUUUCAAUUGGGAGCAUUGGGAGUGAAGCCAGGAGGGGAGCACAGACUAUUUCGAGUAGCGGACAUGACGUACAGGCACCAAGCCCAACUACACCUUCGCUCGGGAGUUCACGCGCGAUCAGAGCCACCGGAAUCAAAAGUUUUCGGAGACAGACCGAUGUUGAGCGCGCGACCCCUGGACUCGAGGAGAAGCAGGGUUCCACUGAAUCUUUAGCCUCUUCCCCUAUGCCUCCUCCUCCUUCGCGGGCGAUAGAGCAAGCAAGUGCUAACGUGGAGAUGGACGCGCUUCGAUUAAAGGCCGCACAAGCAACCAGCGAAGCGGAAGAAGCGCAAGCACGUCUUGCCGAAGCUACGGAGAAGCUAGAUGCACGCGAGGCGUCCUGCCGGGAGCUGGAAGGAAAGCUGUCGUUGUUUCAAAGGAAGUCGGAAAAUGCUUUGGGCGAAGAACGACUAAAGGCAUCGACACUAGCCAAAGAGAAGGCGGCCGCUGCGGCAGCAGGGAGACGGGAGGCCGACAUGGAAGUCCAGGUGUCGGAGUUGACCGAUACCUGUGAAGCUCUCACCCUGGACAAGGAACAACUCUCUCUCGAAAAGGAAGACUUGCAGGAGAAACUGGACGAGCUGCAGAUGGAGCUCGACUCGACGAAACUCGACCUUGAGCACGCACAGCUGAACGCGAAAGAGAACGAAGCUGCGGCUCGAGCACUAAGCGCUGCUGGAGGUGCCCGCGAUGGCAGCGUGGAUGUCAAAAUGCUGGCAGAACAAAACGUCCAACUCAAAGAGGCACUGAAGCGGCUGCACACCCAUAGCAUCGCUGAGAAGACCGACCUUACGAAGGCUAUUCGAUCGCUUGAAAAAGAGGCGACGUCGACUGCUGGCCUGAAAGACGAGGUGGAGAAAUUGCGCUCCUGGAAAGACAGCAAGGCGGCUGAGAUGGAGGACCUGCUGGAAAAGCUCGACGAAAGUAAAGCUUAUGAGGAGAUGGUGGAGGCGCUCACCACGAAGAACCUAGAGAUUGGCGAAAGAUGCGGCGAAUUGGAGGCAACAAUUGCCGAUCUGGAAUCGUCUGUGGAAAUGUCAGAGGAACUCGAAACGCAGCAAGCUGAGGAUAUCCGGGAGUUACAGAGUGAACUAACUGGACGUGAGGUGAGCCUGCACAACCAGAAGCUGGCUCUCGAAUCCGUCAUGAAGGAGCUUCAAGACACCAAACAAACCAUCGAUCGCUUCAGGGAGUACGCGGAUCGGCUUAAAGCUUCCAGGGAUGAGCUAGCGGCCGCUUCGAAAUCAGAGAUCGGAACUGCGGCUUUGGCAACGGCGGAGAAGCGAGCCUUGUUGACACAGAAAGCUUCCAUCGAGAAAAUGGCGACGCAGGCCAGGAGGGCAAAAAUGUCUGGAAAGCUGCUUCAGGUCAACUUGCUGGAUGCCCAAGCUCGUUCUUCCCGAAUAUCCAUGCUUCUGCCUGGAUCGCUCGGGGCCGCGGAGACAGAGCUCAGGUGCAUCGAUGCGGACCUGAGUGUUUGCAGACUGGCCAGAAAGGCUGGCAUUGCCCUGGAGCUGCUGGAGCUACCAGCCAUCGAGUUUGUGGAUGUGUUUGCCGCCGUGCCUGGAGCAGCGCAGCACGACGAAGAGGGCGGCGCGCUGGAGGACACAACGUUGGAUCGUGCAACCGCAAUGGAGGAUUGCUCCCGCUUGGCUCUCGAGGCUGAACAAUCAUCGCCCAUUGCCCGGGCCAUAGGCGAGGCCCUUGCGGUUCUCAGUGCUACCGUGUCGGUUCCAAGUAGCAAAGCAUCUCCCGCAGAAGUCGCAGCUGUGAGCUCGGAGGUCGCUUCUGCAGUGGGCGAAGCGGAGGAGCUUGUGGAUGGCCUGUUGAGGGUAAUUCAGGACGAAGGCGGGUUGCGCCCUGCGGGGUCUGCGACCACUGUCUCUGCGCUGGCAGCAACAACCACCAGCAUUGGCAUUCGCCGUGCUGCUGCUGUGCCGUCAGGUGGUUACAGAGCCAGCGCUGAUGACAAUACCCACAAGAGCGAUGGCGAACGGGGUGGCAGUGUAUGCGCGGCAGUGGCUGCCCUGCAGGAUUGCCUAGUAAGCGCCAGGCGUGCCGUCCUGGCAGUGACGAGCGCAGCUCUGCGGGGCGCAGAUGCUCCCCGUGUGUCUAGGGUUCUUGUCAGUCAGCGCGAGGAUGGAGUUUCGAUGCUGUGGAAAAGCGUGCGUGGGCUGUGGGGCGAUCUGAUGGCCCUCAGGAGCGUUGCUUACAACGGCUGUGGCAACAUGUCCGCGGAGCUGGAGCAGGUAGCUCUUGGAGCCAAAGAGGUGUUGGAGAAGGUGUCUACCCAUGCCGUGGACCACCGUAAAGGCGCCCCUGACCCUACUGCGUCGGAAUUGGCCAAGCAGGUCACUUCGUUGCGGCCAGCUGCAAAGGACCUGCUCCGUUCGCCCACCACCGACGCGGGUGUCCAAGACGGAACGCACAUGCCGCCGUUUCCCAGAGCAACGUGGCGCGCGGUGGCGCCAUGGUUAGCCCAAGACACGAGUCGCAGCUCCGGCGAAGCCGACGACGUCGCGAGUAGCAUGCCAGCGCCCUGUGUGUCCAGAGCAGAAGGGAUACGAAUGAUGCUGGAAGAAGCAAUCGAACUGAAGCCGGAACUAGAGGCUGCCAGGGCACAGACCGCUGACAUGACUGUCGAGCUGGCGGCGAAGAGCAAGGAAUUGAUCGUCGCGACAUCCAAGAGAGAACAGCUGGAAGUCCUGUUGGAGAAAACUGAAGGGUCACAGAUCACAUCGGCAGAUCUUCAGAAGCAGGUUCUGGUUCUGCAAGAAACAAGCAGAAAGUUCGAGCAGGAGAACAAGUUCAUUGCCGAGGCGCUGGAAGAUCUUCAGGAUAGUACCAGUCGGCUGGAGGCAGAAAACCGAUCUCUGAAAGUCGGUGCGUCCACGACAGGGCGCGCAAGCUUGAGCGGCGGGAGCUCGGGAAAGCUAUCCCAACCAAUAGGGACCCGCAGCACGCCGAGCAUAUCAAGAGUUCCUGGCAGAGAGGGCCCUACUACGGAUGUGCCGGUGAAGGGAGCCUCAGUGAUGGCGGUUCUUCCAGGCUCUGCAGUGGCUUCACCAGACACGGAGGAGUCGCUCACAUCGGUCUUGAAAUGGUCGCAGGCAGAGGUAUCCAGGCUCGGCGUGAUCAAAAUCUGGCUGCAUUCAAGCAGGUGGCGUGGAAGGGUCUUUACGUCUGUCCUCGCGGGUCUCAAGCCCCUGCCUCACCUGUCUCCUGCACAAGGGGGAUGCCCGCAAUCUUCGCCUGCACACGAUGGGACCAUGACCGACCAGAAAUCAGCACUAUCCAGCCGCGCGGAGGGUUCUAUCAGAGAGCUGCUCAACCUCUCCAAGAAACUCGCAGCUGUUCGUGAACCACCUCGUGUCGUCGGGGUCAAAGGUGCAGCAAGGGUUGAGGUGCCGUCUGGCGGUGGCGGGGUUGCCCAUGUCGCACGUGACGGUAUUCCCAAGGCUGACAACGGGGAAGGUACGUCCUCGUCGGCGAGUGUAACAUGGCAAGAGCAGCAAGCGCUAAACGCUCGGCUGGAAAAGGAGUGGAGAGAAGGCCAGGGGCGGGCAGCGAAAGCUGUGACAUCUCUACUUGGCUUUGGCCCUGGGGGUUCGAGCGCAUUUGCAGGAGAGGCUAAGUUGGCGACCAACCAGGGGGCUGCCGCCGGCGUACGUGUUGCACGGCUACGGUUACCUUCCGGCACACGUUUCGCUUCUAACAAGGCGAAGCAAGCAGUAGUGCCUGUGACGCUUGGCCGAGUCCGUCUGGCCAGAGUACAGCAAGCGCUGACGGUCUGA